AUGAAUGAAGAACCCAAAGUGCUGAUUGAAAGUUUGAUCAUUUGUGAGGAUGAAUGUGAUCUUCCUUCUUCAAAAUCUGAUUUUAUGUUUGAUGAUGAAGAGACCAAUGGACUAACUUGUUUCGAACCGGAGCAUCCGAGUAGUCUUGUACUAUUUUCACAUGAUUUUGAGGAAGAGCCAUUCGACUACUCGCAUCAAGAACCGCUUCUUGGCACUAGGAGACCCAUGGACGAUGAUCUAGGUCCCAUCUUUGAUGAGAAAGACGAACCUGGUUCAACCUUUGAAGCAGAAGCACCAAGCGUAACAUCCAUCAUCAUGGAGAACCAACUUUGCUUUGAUCCCGACACAACUCCUACGCCUUUGUCCACAGAUAUUCAAGAGCACUGUGAGAAACUUGAUUUGAUUAAUUCUCUGCCUGAAAUGUUUGUUAAGAUCAGUUCGGAAGAUGUGAAACGUUUUGAGGUUUCAAUGAGACCGGCUUAUCGUUCUUCCAAGAAAGUAAAGGACUAUGACAAGCUUGAAGCUGAAGUGGAAUCUAAUGGGACAGUGCUUUCAAUAUACUGGAAAGAUGUUGGUGCUAAGAAAAUCGAGAGCACUCUUCAUGAUGAUUUAGCGCUCAAGACAUGGGAAAUAUGA